UAAUGGAUUAAAACGGAAAUAAUACAAGCUCUGUCCCUGACGCAGCAACGUUGGAUUUUACAUGUUUUUUUAAGGUGCUGAUUGAAGGGAUUGAUUUUCAGUUUGAGGCCCAAUAAGUCUCGACUGGAGACUCGUGAAAUGAGCUCGAAGCUCGGCGAGGUGUGUGAGGAAAUUAAAUACUAAGCCAUGGUCCAUAGAAAUCGGUCCGGCUCUUUUCUUUCUUGUAAAGAAAGUAAGUUGGAUUUAUUGUGUUAUGAUUGGUCGGGUCCAUGAAAUAAUAAUCUCGAAGCCCAAUAUGAACUGGAUACUGCACCUCCCUCCCUCUCAUCUCUGUGAAAUGAAGCGAAGCAGAGAAGACUAUGAUUUGUGCAUAGAAUAGAAGCGAGUAACCAAGAUCAACUCUGUAUAAAACCAACUUAGAUCAGACAAUCUGGGAUUCGAAUCCAAAAAUGACGGAUCCGAGUCUAGAUUUACAGGAGUCCGGUUGGGAAGAAUUGAGGAGAGAAGCAAGAAAGCUCGAAGGAGAUCUCGACGUUAAGCUCUCCUCAUAUGGGAAGCUUGGCGCUAGGUUCACUCAAGGAGGUUAUGUAGAUACAGGUUCACCUACUGUUGGAGCCAGCAGGUCAGGGAAGUCCAUGGAAAUGGAAAUCCAGUCAUUGCUUGAGAAGCUACUAGAUAUUAAUGAUUCUAUGAGUAGAUGUGCUGCAUCAGCUGCACCAACUACAUCAGUUACUCAAAAGCUUGCUCGGCACAGAGACAUACUUCAUGAGUUUACCCAGGAAUUUAGACGGAUCAAGGGAAACAUAAGCUCAAUAAGGGAACACGCAGAGCUUCUGAGUUCAGUCAGAGAUGAUAUUAGUGAUUACAAGGCAUCUGGGAGUAUGUCCCCAAGAAUGCAGUUAUUAAGAGAAAGAGCAGCCAUCCAUGGAAGUAUUGCUCAUAUAGAUGAUGUCAUCAAUCAAGCUCAAUCUACGAGGGCUGUCUUAGGUUCUCAAAGGGUUUUGUUUGGAGAUGUCCAAGGAAAAGUAAAGCUUCUAAGUGACAAAUUUCCUAUUAUUCGCGGCCUCCUUGGUUCUAUAAGGAGGAGGCGAUCAAGAGACACCCUUAUUCUCUCUGCUGUUAUUGCAGCUUGCACGUUGUUUCUUAUUAUCUAUUGGCUGUCAAAAUAACAGGUGUGAUUUAUUGUCACAGAAUUUACAAAAUCUGUGCUCUUCAAAGGAAUUUUGUUCUGUAAUAUGUUAGGAUGGAUACAAGUUCUCUGUACUGUGGUACCUUUACGGUCCACUAUGCGAAAGUAUUUUAUUUUGUUUUA